AUGUGUCCAGGGCUGGAAUACUUGCGCGAGUUACACCCGGCGGUGCUCGACAUUCAGCCACACCUUACCCGGUCGCAUGCCACUGUCGGGCCUGAGGCAGACACCGUGUGCGACGUGCGUGCUUUGAGCCGCAAAGCGCUGCUCAGGGUCUUGGAGAAGUUCCCCGAAGAGGAGGAGCAACUCGUCGGCAGCGGUCAUGUGAUCCUGGAACGGUCCGAGAGUCAACCCAUUCGAAGUGAUGACUCGGUGUUUCAGCUCAUACUAGCCAGCUUGAGCCGUGCUUGGGUUUGUUGGCUUCCAUAUUUCACCAUCAUUCCACCCAAACGCAAUCGUUUUGCUCUUAUGCUGGAUGCCAAAGACUCUAUUUACAAGAGAGCUUCAUCCCAAUCCAACAGCUUCAUCCCAAGUUCCCCAGUCGCUCCACCACCACUCCUCUUCCAAACGUUCCAGGCGGCCUCGACUGCACUGGAACAGGCCAGCGCUGGCGAAGGCGGCUUCAGCCAGGUGACGGUGACGCUGGGGGACGCGUUCGAACAGCCCUUCAUGGUCAACCAAGCCAUCUUGGUGCAGGGCACGCCAGGCACACACCUGGUGGUGCUGGUGCAUGGCAUCGUUGAGAUUGAAGCCAAUGGCAUGGUCGUGGCCACCGUGCCGGGGUGCCCAGCCCCGCCGUGCUUGGGGGCCCAUGUGGGUCGACUGGGCAGGGCGUGA